AUGUUUAAUUUAAUAAGUAGAAAUCCAUAUUUCAACAGAUCUCAUAGCUCAUUCAUAAGAUUGAAAUCUACUUUAAUACCUCGUUUGUCGGAUUUAAUCUCAAAUCCUCCAUCGUUCAAUCAGAGUUUGAGAGUUAGAGGUUGGGUAAAUAAAACUCGAAAACAUAAGAAAACUUCUUUCAUAAAUAUUAGUGAUGGUUCUCUUUCUCUGUGGGUUCAAAUUGUGGUAGAUAAUGAUUUAGUGGACCCUGAUUUACUUAAAAAUUUGAAAAUUGGUUGCUCAAUAGAAGUGGAAGGAUACCUUGAAGAUCCCAAUUCCGAAAAUUCAUUUAAUUCAAAAAUUGAAAAUACUAGUAUUGUUUGCAGUAAGAAUGGAGUGGGUUUGAUUGGUAGUGUUGAUAACGAUUAUCCAUUGGCAAAUUUUAGACUUCUCAAUGAUUAUAUUAGAUCUUUACCAACUUUAAAACAUAGAACUGGAAGAGUUGCUUCAUUAUUUAGACUUAGAUCUGCUUUGGAUUACAGAUUACAUGAAUUUUUCCAAAAAGAAAAUUUCAUUAAAACAAACCCUCCAUUAAUUACAACUUCUAAUUGUGAAGGUGGGUCUGAAAUUUUUCAAAUUGAGAAAACAUUGGAUGCAAAACCAAAGCUUUCUCAUUUCUUCAAAGAUGACUCAUAUUUAACUGUUUCUACCCAAUUACACCUAGAAGCAUUAAGUAUGGGUCUUGGUAAUGUUUGGACAUUUUCACCAUCUUUUAGAGCUGAAGAGUCUGAUACAAGAAGACAUUUAUCAGAAUUUUGGAUGUUAGAAGCUGAAAUGGCCUUUAUUACCGAUGUUCGUCAGUUAACCGAUUUUUGCGAAAAAAUGUUGAAGUAUUUAGCAAGAACAAUAGUCGAAAAUAAAACUGAUCAAUUUAUGAUACUAGAUGACCUAUUUGGAGAUCAUUCCAGAAGAACUGAUGAAGAAAAAGAAAGCGCAUUAGCAGCCAUCAAUAAGGUCCACAGUUUAGAAAAGUUUCCUGUUGUAACAUACACCCAAGCGAUCAAAAUAUUGGAAAAUUCGAGUGAAGAUUUCAAGUUUGGGAAACCUCAAUGGGGAGAUGAUUUAAAAUCUGAGCAUGAAAAGUAUUUGUGUGAGAAAGUUUACGACUCCCCAGUCUUUGUUAUCAACUAUCCAAAAAAGCUUAAGCCAUUCUACAUGUCAGUUAACUCUGAUAACAAUACUGUGGCAUGCUUUGAUUUAUUGGUUCCUGGUGUUGGAGAAAUAAUAGGUGGGUCUAUCAGAGAAGAAAAUUAUGACUUGCUCAAAGCUGAAAUCACAAGAAGAAAGAUGAAGGCGAAGGAUCUAGAAUGGUACUUGGAUCUUCGAAGAUUCGGCAGCGUUCCGCACGGCGGAUUCGGUUUAGGGUUCGACAGAUUGAUUCGAUACUUCGGGGCUGCCGGUAACAUCCGGGAUGUUAUCCCGUUCCCCAGAGUUCAAGGAAAAUGCCCAGCAUAA